AUGACACCAGAAGAGGCCGCGGCGAAGAGAAAAGCCGCCGCCCUUAAACGGAAACAGAUCAGGGACAACAUGACGCCGGAAGAGAAGGCCGCGAAGAAGGAGGCCGCUGCCCUCAAGCGGAAGGAAAAAUUGGCCAAUAUGACCCCUGAGGAGAAGGCCGCGAAAAAGGCAGCGGCGGAGUUGAGACGAGCGAUGAAGCCCAAGCCCACACUGGAGGAGGUGGCCGCGAAGAAGGAAGCCAUGGCGCUAAGGAGAAAGGAGAAGAAGGAGCGAGAGCAGAGGGAGUGGGAGGAGCAGGAGGCCAAGAAGAGGUUCGAACGUCUCGCGGGCGCCAGCCUGACGAUCGAAGACCUCGAAGCCGGACGGGGGACGGCAGAUGGCGGUGCCGGGAGUGUCAAAAUCUCCGAUUCCGCGCCUUCGGGAAAGCGAUUGGGCGUCGAAGACUCGGACGAGGAGGAAUUCGAAGGGUGGGAAUUCGUAGAAGAAGGAGAAGAGGAUGAUGAGACGGAGGAGGUGCCCUACUGGGAGGGCGAGGCUCCAAAGUACGACGAGGACGGAACGAUUCAGGGGCUCGAGAAGGGCGGGCUCCGCGUGGCGAACGCUGCUCUCACCACCAAGGAUGACACCAUCGGGGUCAAGGUUCCGACGGACGAAGAGUUCCACUGGUACCUCCUGAGGUGCUUCGCGACGUACGAGGUGCGGUGCCGCAACUCCGUAGAGAGCUACCUCGAGGGUGCUGGGCUGGGCGAUCGGGUGGAGGAGAUCUGGGUUCCCUGCCGACAGGUGCCGAAGCAAGUGGGAACGAAGGUGACGUUCAAGGAGGAGCCCAUCUACCAGGGUUACAUCUACUGCAAAGUGAAGAUGAGCCUCGAGGUCCGUGACAUAGUGAACGACAUGGACAGGAUCGUCGGUUUCGUCGGGGAGGCGAGGGACGAGGACAAGAAGCUCAUCCCGGAGAGGAUGGAACCAGAAGACAUCGAGGGCAUAAAGGCGUCGGAGAAGGCUCUUGGGGCCAACAAAAUCCCCCAGCUGCUGGGAGUCGGCGAUCUGGUGGAGAUAUCCGAGGGUCCAUUUGCCCUCAAGAAGGGUGAAGUGUCCAAAAUCAAAGACGGAGAGUACGUGGUGAAAGUUAACACCUUCGGGAGAAACUCUGACGUUAGGCUCGAUUGGGACGGGGUCCGAAAGCUCACGGAGCUCGAGGUGGAGACUUGGUUUGAAGAGACGAGACGGGCGAUGGACGCUACCUACAUGGAGCGGCAGAGCGGAAGGGGGGGAAGGGGCAGGAGACGACGAGGAGGUGGCGGCUUCGUGUACGACAGCGACAGCGGCUACGAGCCGGGCAGGGGCAGGGGUGGGGGUAGGGGGGGGCGCGGACGAGGAGAGACGGCCGCCGCAGGGGGGAGGGGGCUCCGCGGUUUCGACGAGGACGACGAGCAGGCUGCGGACCGCCGUCGGUUCAUGGAGAAAGACCUGGCGAUGUGGGAGGCCGAGGCGGCCAAGCCGGAGACGAGGGUGCGGCGGCCGACGGGCGACAGGGUGGACGCCGAGCUUCCCGAAGAAGCGUUCGAGAGCAACAGGGACGCUGACGACUUCUUCGACAGCCUGGACAGCAUCCUGGGUGAGGACGCGCGCAAGGGCCCCGCCCUCCCGGGUGCGAGAGCGCAGGGCCCCUCGGUGGUGGAACGGGCGCACGCAGUGGCCGAGCACAAGAAGCGGCUCGACACCGACGGCUUCGACUUCAGCUCGCCGGAUUUCCAAGAUCCGAACAGCAGCAAGAUCAGACCACGAGGCAGCACGGGGUCUGCCGGGCUGCUCGAGCCGGGGGUUUCUAGGGUAAGCAGGGACGCACGCCCGGCGGCGGGACUUUCUUCCAUAGGUACGGCUGCCGGCGGGAGCGAUGGCGACGACGAUGACGACCUCUUUGCGUCGCUCAUGAAGGAGCUCAAGGAGUCGCCUCCGGCUUCGGCCGCGGCGGGCAGACAGGAGUUCGAGGAUUUGUUGGCCGGGCUGGAGAGCAGCUCGCCGCCGCCGCCGGCGGCGGCAAGACGGUCGUCGUCGCCCAGGGGUACGGGGGGCCCCGCAGACAGGAUUGGCGACCUCGAGGGCGAUCCGCUGUCGGCUUGGGGAGAAGGCGGGGGUGUCGGCGUAGGCGGCGGUGGUGCUGCCGGCUCGUCGCCGGUUGCCGCUGGCCCGAGGCGGGGCGCGGCGCCGCCGCCGCCGCCGCGGGCGGGCGGGGUUGAUGGGGACUUCGAGGAGCUUCUGGCUGGGCUGGAGAGGGGGGAAGGGUUGGAUGCGGCCGCCGCCGCCGCUUCCGCGUCGUCGCCUUUGCCGGACGUGGAGGAGAGCUUCGACGAAAUCGACGAUCUCUUCUCGGGCCUUGGGCAAAUGGGCGCCAAGACCAACAGCAAGGCUAACGGUCCGUCCAAGAGCCCGCCGAGGCCAAUCAACGGAAGAGACCGUGUCACCACGUAA